CUCUGUUCCUCUCUCUCUUCACGUCGACUCGUUCCUGAUUUCUGUGUUAACUCUGGAUCUGUAAGGAUGAACUCUGUAAACGUCAGGAAACCUGCUGUGAAAAUCCCAUGAGGAACUGAAGACACUUCAUCCAGGAAUUAAACGCACCAGAUCGUCAUGGAUCUUUCAUUUAUGGCUGCGCAGCUCCCGAUGAUGAGCGGCGCGUUCAUGGAUGCGUCUCCGGUGGACGACUGCAGCACAGAGCACUCGCUCUUCAACUCGACCGCGAGUGUGAACGCAGCGCCGGCUCCCUCAGCGCCGACACCACAGGAGGAGCAGCGCGUGUCCAGCGACGCCGUCUGGCUCUGGAUCGCCAUCAUCGCCACCAUCGGCAACAUCGUAGUGGUUGGAGUCGUUUAUGCUUUUACCUUCUAA